UGCCGGAGGACGACGAGGAGCCGAAACACGACGACUUUACCAUCGUAAACACGACGUAAAUGGGGUUAUCAGCAACACCAACCACUACUCUCGUCGCUCCUGUUCACCUCGACCACUUGUGGUGGAUGGAUUAUUAUUAUUCACGUCUCACCGAGAAGCCUUACAACGCCCAGUCAGCAGCGGCCACCAUCGCUCCGUCAUUGACGCUGGAGAAUACUGUAAUCUGCCUCUGCAAUGGCAGUCUUUAGUCACCAGGUCCUCCUUGCAGUCACACGAUCAAGGGGAUCCUAUUUGUUAUCCAAGAGGAACAGCUGCUCCUCGUUGUCUUCCAAAGCCUAUCUCCACAUAGACCCUCCUCGCCAGGUCUCGUCCCCGCUAACACUCGGGCACUACGGCUCCCCCCACUGUUACCGUGGCCACGCCAUCGGCCGCUCUCACAACUCGGCGCUGCUCGCCCGCUCUCUGCACAGCUCCGCUGUUUGGCUCCAGGAGUUAAAGCCCGAGGACACUAAAGCGUCAACAGCCGCCGCUCAGGAUGCUUCCCCGGAGGCUAAAAAGUCCCAACCUCCUUCUGCUCCCGCUCCAGCAUCCGCUAGCACCACCACCACCACAACGGCCACCGUCCCUCCGCCGCAGGAGAGGGCGGUCGUGAAAAAGGCCCUGUACCAGAAGGUUGUGGAUGAGUUGAAGCACUACUACAACGGCUUCCGGUUGCUGGGCAUUGACAUCAAGAUCGCGGGCCGGAUGGUGUGGCGGCUGCUGCACGGACAGCUGCUCACGCGCAGGGAGAGAAGAAGGCUGUUGCGGACCUGCGUUGACCUGUUCCGCCUGGUGCCCUUCACGGUGUUCAUCAUCGUUCCGUUCAUGGAGUUCCUUCUUCCCGUCUUCCUCAAACUCUUCCCGGAGAUGUUGCCCUCCACCUUCGAGACGGAGACCAAAAAGGAGGAGAAGCAGAAGAAGGGUCUGGCGGCGAAGCUGGAGCUCGCCAAGUUCCUCCAGGAGACGAUCGCGCAGAUGGCUCGACGGAAUAAAGCCAAAGCUCAAACGGACAACGAGACGCAGCGCUUCUCCACAUACGUCCAGAAGGUCCGCGGCACGGGCGAGCAGCCCACCACGAAGGACAUCGUGCGGUUCUCCAAGCUGUUCGAGGACGAGCUGACGCUGGAGCACCUGGAGCGCCCCCAGCUGGUGGCUCUGUGCAAGCUGCUGGAGCUGCAGCCCAUCGGCACCAACAACCUGCUGCGUUUCCAGCUGAUGAUGCAGCUGCGGAUCAUCAAGUCAGACGAUGAGAUGAUCGCAGCGGAGGGCGUGGCCGCGAUGACUGUGUCCGAGUUGCAGGCCGCGUGCCGCAGUCGAGGGAUGAGGUCUCUGGGUCUCACCACCGAGCGGCUGCACCAGCAGAUGCAGCAGUGGCUGGACCUGCACCUGAAGGAAAACGUCCCCCCGUCGCUGCUGCUGCUCUCCAGAGCCAUGUACCUGACGGACGUCAAACCAAAACCUCCGGUCAUCCCGCCGGUCGCCAAGCUCGAGAAGUCUACUCCCCCUCUAGCGGAGAAUACAAACGCAACCUCAGUCUGCACGGACAUGUUGUCGGACCCAGCGCUCAUCAUCAAAGACAGACCGGCCGAGGAGUUGAGAGACAAGGCUCCAAUCGUGUCGGACAAACCUCUGACUCCUGCCGAGGUCCUUCAGGCCAAAGCAGCAACAGAGGUGUCCCAGAAGAGCAAGAUGAGUGCCAACGGCGUGUGAAGUGUGGCGGGAGACUCCGGACCGGACGGCGGACGGAUUCGGCUCCGUGUCCUCAGAGUGCGGGGGAGGGGCGGCCGUGGUUGAGCUCCAUUUCAGUGAACCUCAGUUAUUUAUUUAUUUUUAAAACACCCUCUUGAGGGACGGAGGAGGGGAACCGCCGGCUCAUCUAGGAGUCCUGUCCUCUCCGCUGACACCCACGGGAGGGUCUGCUUCGUACCAUCAAGCGCUCUGCGGUCACAUUCGUACACGCCGUCGUCGGACUCUUGGUGCGACGACCUUCGACCUGAUGUCUUGGAACCGCCGCCUCACCCCUCCCCGGGUCAGCAGUCUGUUGUGCUGGGAGAGACCCUCCCCUCACAGUCCAGACGGUCUCCUCCUACUGUAAAUUUGUAAAUAUCCUGUAUAUUUGCGUCUCUGUCUUACAUCACAGCGGCUCUGUACAUUUUGCUGUGCAAAUGCAAACACUUAUAUCUGCACUUUUUCUUUUGUUUUUAUCCGGAUACCUUUUUUUGCGAAACGAGGAGUCAUAGCUGCACCUAGCAAAUGAAGUCUGGAAUAUUAUUAAAGAGAGGUCACUCCUAAAACCCAGAGGUGACUGUGGUCAAGUGCAGCGCUACCGUUUAACCACUAGAUUCUGUAAAGAAACAAGAAUGUGCAGAUUUUAUCAGCAUAUACAGAAUAUGUAUUUCAUUUUAAUACUACAAAUUUAAGAAAUCUUAAAACUGAAAAGAGAAAGUACUUGAUGUUGUCCAUAUGAGAUAUAUUAUUAAUAUGGGAGAGCAGCUUUAAUGUUUUUUUGUUAUUGUGACCCAGAUGUCCGGCAGCAUUACAAGACCCUGAACGCAGCAUUACGUCCCUGAACGCUGCAUCGUUGUGUACUGCAUAAACACAGAGUGGUGUGUGUUUUUCUGUGUGUCUGUGUUUGACGGUGCUUGAGAUUUUCCAUCCCUCUUUAUACAUUUGACCUGUUGGAAUAACUUUUUGUCUCACAUAUUUUUCCGUAGACUUCUGGAAAAAGUUAAAGGAUUUUUUUUCUUUUUUAAAUGGAAAAAAAAAGAAAAGGAAUGCAUUUGAAGAUUUAGAUUUGUUUUUACCUAUGUGCCAAAGGUUAAACGGCAUUUGGGUUUGCAUGUCAUCAGAUAUAUUGGACCCAUCGUCAGUUUCUGAUUGAUCACAUGGCGGUGAACGAUCAGGUAAACCUGUUCCUCUUCGUAGAAAGUUCUCCUUUUUCAUCCCUAUUUGAUCCCAAGUGUUGAUCCAGAUCCAAAUUAAUGAUCUUCUUCCUAAUCACCUGUGUUGAUGCUGAUGAAAAAGCAAUCAGUUUCAAUCAGUAAUAUAUAUAUAGUUUUUUAUAUAUAUAGUUAUAGAUAUAUAUAGUUUUUAUAUACAUAUAUAUAUAUAAACAAGUGUGCAGAGUUCUACAACAUCAACAGCAUUUAUUAUUGUAAACAAAAGGGUUGGUGCAGUUCAACGUUGAGACAGAUGUGUCACGUUGACGGUUUCUGCUCCCUGACAGAUUUCUGGACCCUGACACUUAAAACAAUAAGUGAUAUUCCAUAUUGUGUGGAAAUGACCUUUCUUGCUCUUUUAUCAUAUGUUAACACACAAGCCUGUCUAAAAACGUACUACUGCCACCUCACUGGAAAACCAAUGCCUCUGAAGUGUCCUCUGUCUUUAAGGAUCAUUUAUCUUAGUUAUUUUAAAUCGCAACGCUGUCAAGUUACAUCUUACCCUGCAUUGAAUGUAUGCAUCACUUGACCAGGGCCAAUGAGUGUCUGUGUGAUGGAAAACAACGAAUUCACACAAUUAAACUCAAUAAACCCUUUACAGACGGUG